AUGUCAUUAGCCGAACCAUGUUCCUUUCCUGUUCUCGCGGAGGUAACCGAAGGAACUCAUCCUGACAGCCAUGCGGAGGUUCGCCUUGAAAACGCGCAGCUUGAGUUUGGGCUUCACUGCAAAAACGCCGUCGAACUGCUGCCGCUAGUCAAGGCUGCCUGGUCAUUGGUCCUUCACAAAUUCUGUGAGGUUGAUCUGGUGAGCUUUGGGGUUAUUAUCACCGCAGAACCCCCCAAGAACAACUCCACGUCCACAACAAAGGCUGGCGGCGUCUACCAGGAGUCAUCAUGCUUUGAGAUGUCGGUCACAAGGGAAACAAGCUUGCAAGAUCUCACCCGCGGGGUUGGUGCUCGAGCUAUAGCCAUGCCUGCCCGGUGGGAUGAAAUGUUCAAUACUGGGCUAUCGAUCGCAAUUUUUCGACCCUCCGAACUCUUGGACCUUACGUGCCUAGCACAGUAUCCAAAAGGAGCAAGAUCGGAGCUUCCCUCAUGGAACAUUGACAACAAAAGUUCCCUCUAUGCUGUCGAAUUGCGAAUUGAAAUCUACCCAAACACCGUGACGCUUAUCCUACGAUACAGGAACGCUGUUCUCUCGGAGAAGCAGGCGCACAAUGUAGCCAGCACAGUGGAACAGGCUUUUAUUUCCCUGCUACAGCCGUGUGCACGGACAGUGGGCAAUACCAGUCUGAUCAGUAAUCGCAACCAUGACGACAUUGCCCGGUGGAAUGGUACAGAUAUACAGGAGUCGAGCAAAAUGAUCCAUGAACUAUUUCGAGAGCGCUGUGUCGCCGUCCCAAAGGCGGUAGCUGUGUGUUCAUGGGAUGGUGAACUUACUUACCAUGAUCUGGACGCGGUAUCGGAUCGUGUUGCUGCUCAUUUGGCUGUCCAUGGGGUUGGAACCGGCGUCUUUGUUUCCGUAUGCUUUGAAAAGUCCAAGUGGUUUGUUGUGGCAGCUUUGGCCGUCUUAAAAGCCGGCGGUUGCUAUGUGCCACUCGAUCCCUCAAAUCCAGUCAGUCGGCUCCAGAGUAUAGUACACGAAGCGGAGGCUAGACUUCUCCUGGCAUCUAGCCAAACUGCUCAGCUUCUGAGCAGUGCUAUGAACCGAGUGAUAAUUCUGUCCGACUCAGCCGUCGCCGAGCUUCCCGAACCGGGAAAUACACUUUCGCCGGUUUCCAGCAGCGCCCCAGCAUACAUUCUUUACACAUCUGGAAGCACGGGCAGCCCCAAAGGGUGCUUGGUGGAUCACAGAGGCUUGGCGAGUGUGGCCGACUCACACGGCACAGCACUCCAGAUUCAAAGCCAUAGCAGGGUUCUUCAGUUCGCAUCGUGCAGUUUUGGGAUGGCCUUGAUCGAUUUGUUUUGCAUGCUGACCAAAGGCGGUGCAGUGUGCAUCCCGUCGGAAACCGAACGGACUGGCGACCUUAUCGGGGCUUUAAACCGGUUACAAGUCACCUGGUCCAUCCUCACACCAUCGCUUAUCAAAACGAUAAACCCCAGUGAUGUCCCGGGAAUCCACACGUUGGCCAUCGCAGGUGAACCACUCCCUCGAAACCUCAUUCAGCACUGGGCUCCUCGAGUCCAACUAGUCCAGGCAUAUGGCCUGACAGAGUGGGCUGGCAUCUGUGCCGUCAGCAGUCCGCUGUCGUCAUUAUCCAAUCCUGCAAACAUCGGUGCCCCCCCAAAUGCUCGUUUCUGGUUGGUCGACCCGGAAAAUCCCGACCAGCUUGCCCCGAUUGGCGCAGUGGGCGAAAUGCUGCUAGAGGGGCCGUGCCUGGCACAAGGCUACUUCAAGCAGCACGAGGAAACAACGCGCAGUUUUAUUUCGCCUCCGUCAUGGCGGAAGGGCUUCGGGUCGCCAUUGGCCUCUAGGCACUUCUAUCGGACCGGGGACAUGAUGCGAUAUCGUCCAGACGGGGACUUCAAUUACAUCGGACGGAAGGGCACGCAGGUGAAGAUCCGGGGCCAACGUGUGGAACUGGGGGAAGUUGAAUAUCACAUUGGGAAGCAAUUCGGAAGCGAUGCAGAGACGAUCGUGGCUGAGACAAUGGUUCUUAAGGGCGAAGAUCAACCGAGCCUGGUGGCCUUUAUCCUGCUACGAUGUCGGGGACGCUCGCAACCAUCGGAUGCUUCGUUUUUGGCGCCGCCAUCUGAUAUCUUCCGCAGCAAGGCGCAGGCAGCUAGCAUCUCGCUUUCAACUGUAUUGCCCCGCUACAUGCUGCCCGACUUCUAUGUGCCGCUCAGUCAGGUGCCUCUAACCAUCAGCCGCAAGACGAGCCGCAAGUCCCUACGCCAAUUAGGUAGUGAGAAGACUAGGCAGGAUCUCAAUGAUUACCUGUAUCUUCAGAAGAAGCAUCGCAAUCCGCGGACCCUCAUCGAACGCGUUUUGCAUGGUGUCUUUUCAAAGGCUCUGGAUCAGGACCCGAUCACAAUCGGGAUCGAUGAUAGCUUCUUUGAAUUGGGAGGCGACUCCAUCCUCGGGAUGCGGGCAGUUGUGCUUUGUCGCAAGCAAAAGAUUCCCUUGACUAUGCAGGAUAUUUUUCGGUACAGGACUAUAGCAGAACUCGCGAAAUCCAUGCCUGUCAGUGUCGUCAAGGCCAAACUAGAAGCACUCGAUGCAUUUGACCUCUCAUCUGCACAGCAGGCUUUCCUACAGGCCAUUCCGCAUGGGUACAACAAUGUAAGCCGAAGGCUUGUCCUCCGGUUGAAGACCCAGGCCGACGUUGAUACUGUGCGGUACGCGGUUUCCGACGUGGUAAAACGUCAUUCGAUUUUGCGCACCACCUUCGAAAGAGGGUAUACUGGUCAGUGGCGCCAGCAUCCUCAAGACCAUAGUUCAGGGGCAUUCGGAUUCCGCGCGGAUCUGAUAUCUGAUAUCACGGAGAUUCCGCGCCUUUUUGCAGAAAUGCAAGCGAGCCUCGAUAUCGAAACUGGGCCUGUCUUUACAUCCGCCAUCACAGAGUGUGAGUCUGGUGAGCGACAUUUGCUGUUUGUCAUCCAUUGCCUUGUGAUGGACAAGCAGUCAUGGGCCGUCCUCUGCAAGGAUUUGGACAUGGCACUGGAGAGGGACCCGGCGAUUCAGGAGCCACCAUUGCCCUUCCGAGACUGGUGUCAGUCCCAGCAGGGGCGAACCCGCGCAACGAAAUUCCCACUACUUGUCACGAAGCACCGUGACGAUACGUCCUCCCAAGAUGUCAUCUUGCAGACCCAUCUUAAUCUCGACGAGCAACUAACAGAAACUUUAGUGGGAAAAGCAAACUUGGCCUUCCGUACUCUACCGGUAGACAUAUUACACGCCGCAUUGCGCCACUCCUACAUGAAUCAUGUCAUGGACGCACCAGCGCUCGCGGUUUUCCUCGAGUUACCCGGUCGUGGGUCGCCGGACCUGGACACGUCCAACACUGUGGGCUGGCUGGAUACGAUAAUCUCAGUGCAAUUCACGGUGGAUAGCGAGGAUGAGAAUGACAUCGUCGAAUUCACUCGGCGCGCCAAGGAUGCACGCAAUGGCUUAGAUCAACUUUUUUCAAGCGACCGGAACACCGAGGCUCCUCUGACCGUACUGCUGAGGUUUGAUGCGGGCGACCCUUUGGCGCAGUGGCAGGGACAGGCUGUAGAGCAGGAGCAUUUGAUCGAGAAUAACAUGGCCAUGGACGCUUUCCCCCCAUUGGCGGUACUCGACGUGAUGAUAACAAUGGCCCAAGGUCAACUGCAUUUCACCUUCCGUUACCAUGACAAGUUCAUCCCUUCUACCAAAAUUCAUUUAUGGGUGACGCAAUUUGAGCGGUCUCUGCAAAAUGCCGCUCUCAAACUGAGCAAUACCAAGGCUGGAUUCACCCUGGGCGACCUUGGAUUGCCAUCCAUUAGCUACGAGAGGCUACAUGAGGUGAUUCCUUGCUCCCCCAUGCAGCAGGGUAUUCUCCUAUCCCAUGAAAGAGAUACGCGCCUCUAUCAAGUCCAAUCCAUCUGGAAGGCCCCCUUUGCGGAACCUUUCGAGCCCGAAGUGGUACUUGGCCGUUUCCAAACCGCUUGGCAGCAGGUUGUCGAUCGACAUGCUAUCCUGCGUACUGUUAUGGUUGAGAGCCGCGUGAAUCAUGGCUCUUUUGACCAGGUGAUACUCAAAGAAGCUGUGCCAAAGAUGGAAAAUUUUUGCCUCUCACAGGGUGACCCCCUGGUAACACUUCGUGAUCGUGGCCAGGUCCGCUUCAGACCUGAGGAACCCCAACACAAGUUCAUUGCCUGUAAUACGGGGGAUGCGGUGUACCUGAGUCUCGUAAUCAGUCAUGCUUUGAUUGACGCGCAGUGA